GUUCUGAGUCAAAGUCGAACGCAGCUGUGAGUCAAUGCCGUGCCCUUAGGUUAUUCUCUCACGGCGAAGACUGCAAGGUGGUGUUUAUUUGCCGCCGCCUCUCUUACCAAAUCUCAUCCCUCAUCCAACCAGAAAAGCACUUGGAAGAGACGCACAGAGAGGGAGAGGGAGGACGGAGAAAAUGAAGGCGACGUUUAAGGGCCGAUACGAGGCGAACAAGAACGCCACCGCCGUAGCCACACUCGCCGUCAACGCUGGCGAUGUCCGCGUCAAGGCAUCCAUGGCCGACUCCACCUUCAUCCGUGGUCCCUCCCUCAACGGCCUCGCUUUCUCCGUCGAGAAGCCCGGCGCCUUCAUCCUCGACUACAACCUACCCACGAACGAUGUGAGAUUCCAAUUCAUGAAUUCCGUCCGGUUGAAGGAGAAGACUGUGAAUCUGACCUACAUCCACGCCCUGGGGAGCAACCGGACGACCCUCGAUGGCUCCGUAGUCUUCGAUCCCUCAAACAAGGUCAACGUUAGCUAUACCUUUGGUAAACCGAGCGCCUGCAAGAUCAAAUACGUGUAUGCGCACGGGGAAUUGCGCCGGACGGUGCUGGAGCCCUGCUAUGAUGUGUCUAAGAACGCCUGGGACUUCGCCCUCACUAGGAAGUUCGAGGGGGGAGACUCCCUCAAGGCCACCUAUCAUACCACCACUAGUGAUCUUGGCCUCGAAUGGGGCAGGGAUUCCAAGGACGGCGGCUCCUUUAAGAUAUGUGCAAUCGUCAACUUAGCAGAGCAACACAAGACUCCAAAAUUGAUUGCCGAGAGUACAUGGAACUAUGAGAUUUGAUUCAUGUAUUUUGAUAACCAUUUACCAAUGAGAUUCACUUGUUUUCUUGGAUUAUAUAAGACACAGAGCAAUGCCUCUUAUCAAAUUCAUGUACACUGAAGAGAAAUUUUAUUUUCAACGCACUAUUGUGGAAAUCUACUGAUGUAUCAACUAUCAAAAUGAAAUAAGCUUUUUACUCUCUUUUUCUU